AUGAUCAACACAAAGAUUACACAAGAAGUGAACAAUGAUAUUUGUAGACAGUCAAUGCGACAACGGAAUCCACCCCAUCUACGUCCCACUCACGAUCGUAACGUUAAUGACAGGAUCAACUCCCUCAUGAUUGCCUACCACUUGCUUUGUGAAGCUGUAGGCCAAGCCUGUGAUUUCUACAGUGACCUGUUAUUGGCUUCUAUCUUCCGUAGUUUUCUAUAUAUCACCUCCUCUCUAUAUUUUCUCUUUUUAUAUAUUUCAAUGAAGGACGUAAUACCAAUCAUUUCAGAGAUAGUCUGGACACUGUCUACGAUAUGUUUCCUAUGUAUGGUCGUCUCCUCAAGCUCUGACGUCACUCAAGCCGCGUAUGAGACAAACACAGUAAUCUGCAAGAUGACAACCACCAAAAAUGUGAACCCGGGCCUCAGGAAACAGUUGAAUUCCUUUUUGUUGCAGCUGACAAAGAAACACUUCGAGUUCUCCGCAGCAGGAUUUUUUCAUGUCAACAGACAAAUGUUAACAUCCAUGGCUGCUACUGUGGCCACCAAUCUGGUAAUACUCAUUCAAUUCCAGAUUCAUCCAAACCAAGGUGAUUAA